AUGGUGGGAGUUCCGCACAGUAAAGGCUGUAGCCUGUGUCGCGAACGACGGAUUAAGGUAAAUGUCAAUUCCCACGGUAAGAUCGAGCUCUCGAAAUAA